UUCCUCUCUCUCUACAGUUCCUCUCUCAUCAACUACUACUAUUAGUUUACAGUGAAUUCCACACCUUUUAAGCUCCCCAUGCUUCAACAUAUCCUCACUACACCUCCACACGAACUCCACUGAAAAUAUCUCAUAACAAUUCCUCUCAAUUUUUGUUACACUUGCCGUUUAUAACCCUCACUGCUAGCGCAUAAUUGUCCCGAAUUUUGCCCUAUUCCGCUUGUUUCCCGGUGGUAUUUUGCUGUGAGAUGAGAGAUCUGGCUGUCAUGAAUUAAGGCGCCUGAACCAAUGGAUUCUCCCGAGGUUUUGAUCAAAGGGUGUAACGACGUCGGCGGUGCCGAUCCCGCGCCGGGGAACAUGAAUUCCGACGCCGGGAGAGCGGUGGAUGCUGAGAGAGCGUUGUACACAGAGCUGUGGAAGGCGUGUGCGGGGCCGCUGGUGACGGUGCCGCGCGAAAAUGAACUUGUAUUCUACUUCCCACAGGGGCACAUCGAACAGGUCGAGGCAUCGACAAAUCAGAGCUCGGACCAGCAGAUGCCAGUGUACAAUCUUCCUCCGAAGAUCCUUUGCCGAGUGGUUAAUGUCCUUUUGAAGGCUGAAGCGGAUACUGAUGAAGUGUUUGCUCAGAUUACCUUGAUGCCUGAAGCAAAUCAAGAUGAAAAUGCAGAGAGGAAAGAACCACCUCCUUCUUCUCCACCACAUCUCCGUGUCUAUUCUUUUUGUAAAACUCUUACUGCAUCAGAUACUAGCACUCAUGGUGGAUUCUCGGUCCUCAGACGGCAUGCUGAUGAAUGUUUGCCACCACUGGACAUGUCACGGCAACCUCCAACCCAGGAGUUAGUGGCCAAAGAUUUGCAUGGACAAGAGUGGCGAUUCAGGCACAUAUUUCGUGGUCAACCACGCAGGCACCUUCUUCAGAGUGGUUGGAGUGUCUUUGUUAGUUCUAAGAGGCUGGUUGCUGGGGAUGCCUUCAUAUUUUUGAGAGGUGAGAAUGGAGAACUGCGUGCUGGAGUGAGGCGUGCCAUGAGACAACAGGGUAAUGUUCCAUCAUCUGUCAUAUCUAGCCACAGCAUGCAUCUUGGUGUCCUUGCAACAGCUUGGCAUGCUAUUCAGACCAAUACCAUGUUCACUGUUUAUUACAAGCCCAGGACUAGUCCAGCUGAAUUUAUUGUUCCUUAUAAUCAAUACAUGGAGUCCAUUAAACAAAAUUAUUCAAUAGGAAUGCGAUUCAAAAUGAGAUUUGAAGGUGAAGAAGCUCCAGAACAGAGGUUCACUGGAACUAUUGUUGGUUCUGAGGAUGCAGAUCCAAAUAGAUGGAAAGAUUCUAAAUGGAGAUGCCUUAAGGUGCGGUGGGAUGAAACUUCAGCAAUUGUUCGACCUGAGAGAGUUUCACCCUGGAAAAUAGAACACACACUUUCUCCUCCUGUAUUAAAUCCGGUUCCAGUGCCCAGACCUAAAAGGCCUCGAUCAAGUGUCCUACCCUCAUCGUCUGAAACCUCUGUGCUUACUAGGGAAGGUCCUACAAAGAUGACUGCUGACCCUGCACCUGCUAACCAUGGGUUCCCAAGGGUCUUGCAAGGUCAAGAAUCAUCGACCUUGAGAAGCCCUUUCUCUGAGAGCAUUGAAUUGGACUCCCCUGAAAAGUCGUAUUUGUGGAAGCCGACAUUAGAGGAAGAGAAGAUUGAUGUUUCUGCUUCAAGAAGAUAUGGAGCAGAUAACUGGUCACCUUUAGGGCGCCCAGAGUCGUCAUUUACAGAUCUGUUAUCAGGAUUUGGCUCAAAAACUAAUGCACACCGUGGUUUCAGUAUGCCUAUUGGCAAUCAAUCAAAUCCUAAGCGACAGACACAGGAGUGCGAUGCAAAGUUUAGCUUAAUGGGGAAUAUUUGGUCGAUAAUGCCUUCUGGUCUCUCAUUUAAUCCAAUGGAUUCUAGUACAAAGAAUCAUGUUCAAGGAACUGACACUUCUUUUCUUGCUCGUGGAGAUAGUAGACAUGGAGCCUUUAGAGACUUUUCCAUGAUUAAUGAUCUUAGAGGUGACAAUCAAGGAGCUAAAUAGUCUGUGAUCUGGUUCUAAUCUGCACAAUAUUAAAUGUUUUCAAGUAUUGGUCAGCUGUUUUAAUAGUUCGUUA